AUGGCGGAUGAUUGGGUUCUUGUGUCGGCGGAUCUAGCCGCGGACGCAGCCUCGUCGUCGCCCGACUACCUCGGCGAGAUUGGCAACUACAUCGACACCAAGGCAGACACGUUGUGGCCUAUCAACAAGAAAAUCCAUGAUAAUCCAGAGCUCGGGUACAAGGAAUAUAUCGCUCACGAGACUUUGACAUCUUUUCUGAAAACGCAGAAAGGAUGGCAAGUCACGCCAUCGGCAUACGGCAUGGAGACGGCCUUCGUCGCUGUUUUCGAUAGCGGCAAGAAGGGACCUGUGGUGUCUUUCAAUGCCGAAAUGGACGCCCUGCAGGAGAUCGGACACGCGUGCGGCCACAACUUAAUCGCCACCGCGUCGUUGUCGGGUGCCCUCGCUGCGGCCGAGACCAUGAAGAAGCACGACUUGCCGGGGAAGGUUGUGCUGUUUGGCACGCCAGCUGAAGAAGGCGGCGGCGGCAAGAUCAAGCUCAUCGAAGCCGGAGCAUACGCCCAGCACAACUGCGACAUCAACCUGAUCUCGCACCCGGGCAUCACGCGCGACGCCGCGCUGAUGCGCACGGCCGCCUACCGCGCCUUCAAGGUCGAGUACUUCGGGCGCGAGGCGCACGCCGCCGCCUGCCCGUGGCUGGGCGUCAACGCGCUGGACGCGCUCAUCACGGCGUACAACGCACUCUCCGUCCUGCGCCAGCAGACGCAGCCGGGAGACGUCAUCCAGGGCCACAUCACGCACGGCGGCUUGCGCCCCAACAUCAUCCACGCCUACGCCGCGGGCGAGUUCGUCGUGCGCGCCGACUCGAAGAAGGGAAGGGAUGAGCUGUUCGAGCGCGCGAGGAGGUGCUUCGAGGCGGGCGCGCUGAGUAGUGGUGCGAAGCUCGUGAUUACCGAUGGUGGCGCGUAUGCGGAUCAUGUGCCCAGCCGCACCCUGGCGCGGUAUUACCGCACGCAUUUCAAUAGGCUGGGCGGCGAUAUAGCGGUGCCCGAGGUCGACGAGGUUAAUGGGCGGACCAUGGCGAGUACCGAUCAGGGAGACGUGAGUUACGUCCUGCCGAGCUUGAGUGCCGGCUUCUGGAUCAGGCCCGGGGAGCAAGGGAACGGGCCGCACAGCCCGGAUUUCGAGGGCGCGGCGGGGACGAGGGAGGCGUUUGAGUUGAGCUUGAGGGUCGGCAAGGGGUUGGCUGCUACGGCUGUAGAUUUCCUGACUACGAAGGGGCUCGUUGAGGAGGCGUGGAAGGAGUUUAAUAAGGAGAUUAAGGGUAAGGCCUAG